AUGUUAAUGGGUGUGUGUUUUAUGAAUCGGGUUGUUUGUUUGGAUGAAUGUGUUGAUAUACUUUUGGCAUGGAUAUGGUGGUUCGUGGAUGAAUGGGUGGAUGAUGAAUGGCCGUUGCGGCUGGCGCGUCCGCAGGUGUUCCCGGUGCUGGCGGCGGUGGGGGCGGAGCUGGAGCGGUCGCACGCGCGCGCGUUCGUGGGCGUGGCGCGGCAGACGGGGGCGGCGCCCGCGGGCGCGCACCUGCCCAGCGACAAGGCGGCCGCGUGCGCGCUCGCCGCCGUCGCCCGCCACCUCUACAAGCGCGACAUCACCUGGGCCAAGUGUUGUAAUGAGUGUUAA